AUGCGGCACCCGCCGUCCUUUGAGGGUAUCGUCUUUGCUGCGCAUCCGAAACUUCAUGACUUUCCGUGGAUGGUCUCGCCGACAGUGGCCAACAAACAUGUACUAAAGGCAAUCAAGAAACUAGCAUUUAGGAAGUACAGAAGUGAAGGAGAAUCGCUUGACGUGAUAGUGGAAAAGUUACAACUAGCGGCAAAAACGAGUCAAUGGCAAGCUGCAGCUCUGGAACAGAAUCCUAAGCGGCUAUGGGCGCACCAAAACGAAUUAACGGAGUAUCAGGUAUGGGUCGGUUAUCGAGUAGCACUCCGACAAUUAAAUCUGCAUCAUCCGACACGGCUGGUGAACAAUAGCUGCCAUAAACUAGAAGGGUGUCAGGGCACCAAGGAGACACUGGAGCACAUCUUCUGGGACUGUGCAUGUGCUCAAGUAUGCUGGCAGAAACUCAUCUGCCAAUGGACAGAGAAAUGUUGGACCCAGGCUACUCUACACAACUUCCAAAAGAACUGUGCAAGUAGACAAGCUCCAGAACUGUCCAAAACGAUCACAGAAAAGCUACGAAAUCUCUACCCAGAUGAGGCCUCUCAGAGUUCUGGACUACAGGACAAAGGCAAAUACGAGCAGUCGCCAUACGUGAGCGACGGUGCCCAGAACGUAUAG